UCGCCCGGUGUAGUCAUUACGCUGCAGCCUCGACUGGAAUCACUGCAGGCAAGCUUCGAUCCUCCCAUAACAGAGAAGUACUGCAUAGCACCGGAGCCCCAACCGAUACGACAACGAGGAAUUGUGGCAGAGCCGGGUCAUACUAUCGACGGUCGAUGCUAAUGCUCUAGAAACUUUGCCCCCUAGCCCUUUUCAGCAUCUGUGAUGACCCAAAGAGAUUUGGACGUGCUUUGCGGAGCACUCAUCCGACUGUCCAUGGAAGAAUUGCUGUCCCUGGAAGAAACCGAUAUCUGGUGGCUACCAGACCUGAAGGGUCUUACGCAGCCGCAGGCAAGUCCGCUCGAUCCGACAUGCCCUGGAAGCUUUCGACGCGUACGAGACCCGUAUCUUCCUCGUUGCCUGGCUAUACUGCGUCCUCGCGAAACAACAAGUACUACAAUCGUGGUUUUCGUAUCGUCUCGUCACUCCGCCACUCCAGCUGCGCCCCUGACCGGCCGCUUCAUUUUGCACGAGCGAUUGGAAACCACCUUGCAAUAUCCGGGCGGCCAUACCAAAAGCGCUGCGACUGAGAGUGGAGGUGUCAUCUACGCCUGUGUCAUGGCCACGCGUCCAGCAGACACGCAAGUGGAGCACGACGUCAUCUGUAUGUGCGUUCAGCGUUCCUUGCCGUACCUGUUCGUGCACGCGGUGACGCGCUGCGAGUUGCGUGUCAGUGCAGCUCUCUACUGCGUGCUGCGAAAAAACCCUGAAGAAAUACUCGAAGGCCAUUUCGACAAGCUCGGAUUCGCAUUUGCCAGUGCCCGAGAACAUAUGGCUAAGGUUCGUGCACUGCUUAUGGGCAACGCGCCGGACGACAACACAGGACCCGUCGUGAAGAUCUCCGACGAAUCUGACCAGUCUUCCCCCGAAGAAUCUGUCGGGGAUGAUAAUUCCACCGUAUAUGUCCUGACGCCGCCCGAAUCUGAUUCCUCCGCCGCAGGCCCAGACAGUCCCGAUUUUCUCAAUUGAAACGAUGUUGGGGUGCACCCGACAUCAGCCAGGAAGGCUGGAGUAGGAGUUGAAGUGAGCGGCGAACUUAGGGGCAUUUUCAUUUGCCAAAACUGCCACAACAUCUUCGACGAGGACUGCAUUCAAGUGAAGAGUACCUCCUUCGUUUGUCCAAGCUGUGGAGCUUGUCUAGCGCAUUCUUGAAAAGUACCCGAACAGGGAUGAGGGGACACAGUGUUGUGAAGUGAAAUUAACGCUGCAAAGUUUUGACGAAGCAUACGUGAAAUCCGCGGGCGCAGCCUCAUUACAACCAAAAGCCCUUCAAUU